AUGUGCCGGGUUCUGAACAUCUUAUUGGCUCUUCUGAGUCGCUUCCUGUUUGCGGUGCAUGGCGUCCUGACAGUGUGGCGUGUAGUGGAGGUGACUGGCGAGCCCUCCUAUUGGCUGCUGCUGAUGGGUGUGACGCUGCUGGGGGUGGAGAUGGCCAUCACUAUCAAAUACACACGCGCCUUUUAUGCGUGCUCAUCCAUCCAUCCAUGUGAUGAUCCACUCUUCUGCAGGUUCUCACCUAUGGUGUUUCUAUAUCUGAGCACUGUGAUUCCCUCGGUCUGGUUCCUGGAACUGAACCUCCUACAGUCCAAUCUGCUCAUCAACUCGAGCACAAACUCUGACCCGCAAUUCUUCUCCCAGAUCCCUCUAACAAUGGGGUUGGCACAACUUGAUCCUGAGAACUGGGUGGAGGCUCUGGAGCAGACCAUGUUGAUCAUUUUGGUUCUGGGCCGCUGGCUGAUGCCGAAGGGUGACAUGUCACGUGACCAGCUAUCUCAGCUCCUCAUGGUUUAUGUGGGCCUUGGAGCUGAUAUCCUGGACAUCUUUGACACGUUUAAGGAGCCACAAGUGAAAACCAAGCAGGCUGUGAUCAUUGUUGGGCUAAGUUUGUUCUCCUGGGCCUUGAUGCAGUUUCCUCUUGUUCUUACCCAAACCAGCCAUUCCAAAUUCCAAAAGGAAGGUCAGUCAGAGGCUGCAAAGCCUGGGCGAGCUGGCUGGACCGUUUCCUGCUGCUCUAGUGAAGCCUGGAGCCUUCUGCUAACGGUGGGUCUGCAGGAUGGACCAUUCCUGAUUUACCGUCUGUACCUCAUGAUACGUGAGAAUGUUCUGAACCAGCUGAUGAUCUUCUUCACAUGCAAGAACAUCCUCAUUGUUUUGCUGGAGGUCUACAGGAUCUGUGUUGUCCACUUUGAGCAGAGCAAUACAGGGGGCAGAACUGAGUCAUGUGACCCGUCUCAUGAACACUCGGAAUGGACUGAUGGAGAGGCUAUUGAAUCCAGCUGUCAAGAAUAG